CCCCGCCCCCUUCGGAGCGCUGGUGACGUUGGCCAGGGAGCUGCAGGCCGGUGCUGUUCCCUCGCGCCACUGCCGCCGCUGCUGCAUUAGCUAGGAGACCAGAAGCGCGUUCACGGGAUGGCUUCUGCAACAGAUGCUCGCUAUGGCCAAAAGGAGUCCUCAGACCAGAACUUUGACUACAUGUUCAAGAUCCUGAUCAUCGGCAAUAGCAGCGUUGGGAAGACUUCCUUCCUCUUCCGGUACGCCGAUGACUCCUUCACUCCGGCUUUCGUCAGCACCGUUGGCAUUGACUUCAAAGUGAAAACUAUCUAUCGCAAUGACAAGCGCAUUAAACUGCAAAUCUGGGAUACAGCAGGGCAGGAACGAUACCGGACUAUCACCACUGCCUAUUAUCGAGGGGCAAUGGGUUUCAUUUUGAUGUAUGACAUCACCAAUGAAGAAUCCUUCAAUGCUGUCCAGGAUUGGUCAACUCAGAUCAAAACCUACUCGUGGGAUAAUGCCCAGGUACUGUUGGUGGGUAACAAGUGUGACAUGGAAGAUGAGAGGGUUGUGUCAUCAGAACGAGGACGUCAGCUUGCUGAGCACUUGGGAUUUGAAUUCUUCGAGGCCAGCGCGAAGGACAACAUUAAUGUGAAGCAAACCUUUGAACGUUUGGUCGAUAUCAUUUGUGAAAAGAUGUCUGAGUCACUGGAUGCAGCUGAUCCAGCUGUGACCGGUGCCAAGCAGGGCCCACAACUGACCGAUCAACAGGCUCCCUCGCACCAGGAUUGUGCCUGUUAAGAGACUUUGGUGUGGAUGCCCUGACUUUUCCUGUCCCACCCACCUUGCCUGCCUCGUGUCUUGCAGUAAUCAGAGCCCCUAGAUUAUUGACAGUUUGUGCUCUCUGUCUUCCCUACCGCCACCGCCACCACACACCAUUUAGCUAUCCCAUUGCUUAUCCUUUUGGGGUAGGUGGUCAAGACUCAAACCCAGAGCUUCUCCACCUCUCUGUGUGGGCCUUUGAAUGCUUCAAAAGUUUCUCCCUUUAAUCUUUGGGUUGAUAGAAGCUCUAUCUUCCUGUAUCCCCCCUUCCCCAGGGUCAGAUUUGAUCAGCGUGAAAAAGAGGGUGGGGGCAGUGCUAGAACUUUUAACUAUAUAUUUAUUUAUAUAUUUAUAAUGUUCCCAUUUACACAUUUGAACAUCCUUUCCCUCUUCCUGCUUCGUAAGCGCCAUGAUCCCACUGCAUUUUCCUGCACUGAGUAUGGACAAAAAUAGGCUGAAGCUGAUGUCCCAAGAUUCAAGGAGAUCUGGCUGUGUUUUUAUAGAAAGGGAAAUAUAUCUGUCAGAAGCAUCUAUCUCUUUCUUCCUGACCACUGAUCAUGGGCUAUAGAGAAAAAAUAAAAUUGUUCAGGCAAACUGAGUUAUCUGGAAACUAUCCCAUUACCAGCUCUGAAUUGAGCUAGAUUUUGUAAUGCUGUGAAGUGAGAUUAACCUCAAUGCUCCCUCUGGCUUAGCUCCAGUUCAUGCCUGCUUCUUGCAUGCUGUUUCUUCUACCAUGAAUGAAAACAAUAGGUUUUAAGGUGAAUGCCUUUCUUCACAGAAUGGCAGGAAUUUCCAGCUAAAAACUGUACUUCUUCUCACAUUGGAUUCUCUAGGUCUGGUUGAACCUGCUCACUUAGCAAGAAGAGGCUUGCAUGGGUGGAUCCUUUUCCAUUCAGAUAGAAGAGGAGGAAGGCCUUCCUGUAUUUAGAAGGUGACCAUAUUUGGAGAAAGGACAGAGUAGAUCCUUUUGCUCAACCAGCAAGGAAUUUGUAAUGGUGGGAUUGCUCUCCUACUUGCAGUCUGCUAUGGCCUAGUCUACACCCACAUUUUCCAGCUUCUCUCCUUGAGAAAGACAGGGCUAAAUUGGAACCAAGGCUCACUGGCUGGCUGGUUAUAAGAAAGAGGUGCCCUUUGGGCUAUGUGUAGCAAAGCUCCUCACCUGCCCGGCAACACUGAAGGUGAAAGUAGAUUGGAGAAGUUCUGGUGCCAUUCAGUUGCCCAGCAAACGUUGGUUCUCCCACUUUCACCUUGCCGAGUGUAUAUACACCUGCUUACUCCUCUUCCCGUCUUCCUCGGUGUACAGAAAACGAAAAAGAAAAAAAAAAAAGCAAUCUCUCCAGUUACAUGUAAAUAGAAGUAGCUGGUGAUGUUAUGUGUGUAUGGACCUUUCAUUGCUGUGUUGUGAUUUGUGUUGGUGUUUUUAGUUUGUUAUUUUUAAAAUAAGUCACCCUACCUGAUGGGUUUUCACGGAACUAUGUAUUGAUUUAAGAGGAGAAAGGUGGAGAGGCAGCUGGAAAACCCAUCUUGGCUGAUCUAAAAACCACAUGAGAAAGUCAAAGAGUUCUUUGUCAUUUUGGAAUGGUUUCUCCACUGCCUUCCUUUAUCUUAAACAGACCUGAGUUUGCAGGGGCUAAGUUGAACCUGAUGUUACAUUCCCCUCAGUCCAGCAUCCUUUUUCCCUAGCAUGGACUGGGGCAGGUUGGGGUUGAAUUCUGUCAACAGCCACUGUUACCUUACUCUUACCUGUACUCCUAUUCCCCCUUCCCCAUUGCUAUCCUUAAUUUAUUUUUCAUGGAAGCUCUAUAAGUUUGUUUUACAAAUUCUUGGACACCAUCUGCCCUCUCUCUCUCUCUCUCUCUCUCUCUCUCUCUCUCUCUCUCUCUCUCUCUCUCUCUCUCUCUUUUUGAAGUUUACUUUAAUGGAAAAAAUAUGCUGUACUGUAUUUAACAAAACAAAACAAAACCUGUCAGAAGUGUCAAAUAAAUUCAGUUUCCUAAAAUGAGCAAACAAAAAUCACUGUACUAAGGAGAUAUUGUGAAGAAAUAAAAUGGCUAAUCACAAAA